UGACACCGCCAUGGUGCCGCCAUGUUUCCAUGACUACUCGCCAGAGUUGAGAGAUUUCAAAAUGGCGGUGGCUCGCACUAGACCGAUGGUUUCGGAAAGUUUUGAUAGUUAUGUGGCGCCUGUGAUCAAUAAACCAGUGCCUAAUCAUCUCCUGGAAACAAAGAUAUAUGCCAAAGUUGGUCAGAACUCUAUUUUGCAAGCCAAACCUUCUGUGGUUCACUUUAGUGGAUUUCAAGUUGGUGAAAAAAUUACCAAAACCCUCGUGAGUGUCAUGUUCUAUUUUAGUGCCCGUUUAAUGUCAUUUAACUUUGUCUAUAUGUUCGUUUUUCCAGGAAUUGUGCCAGGCAAUAGUAAGGUGGAAGUAAAAGUGACAUUUACACCAAUGGACUUCUCAACUGCUCACAUGAAGCUUCAGCUUUUGGUCUCCCAGUUUAAUAUGUCUCCACUUGUGUGUUCUUUCACUGGAACUUCUGAACCAGGACUUGCAAAAAGAUUAAAAGAAAAAGCUUGGACAGAAGAAUUGCCACCCCUCCCUCCAAAUGGCAUCCUAGAUCCAGUGUUGAUUGAUCCUCUUGGUAGGACAAGACUGAAAAAACUCAAGACCAGACCUUGGACUCCAGGAAAGCCACAGGAACUGGUCCAAGAUGGAUUAAGAUUUCCAGUUGUUGGUCUUGAUAACCCAUCUACAGUUUCAAACAUUCUUCUGCAACAGCCUGGAAAACUGAAGGCAAAACAGCUCAGAGAAGCUGUUCAAACCAAGAAAGAUGUGAGUGGAAGCACAAAACAAAUGAAGACAUACAAUAGGCCCUUUGCANGUUCCCUGGGAGAGUUCGUGACUGACUGGAGAAAAGGAAAAUUCACCAGAGAACAUACGAGAAGUCAACUCGCCGAGAGUGAAGAAGAGAAACUAUUCGACGAAGUUCAAGUUCCGUUGCGGAUCAAGUGUGAAGGAAUUUCCCCUUUCUGUUUUCCUUCUUACAAGUCUCCUGAUACUAAAGAUGACAUGGUAUGUUUGUCUAAACAUUUCUACAGUCGUCAUUCANCUAGAAUAUUUGAACACUUAUUAUUUCAGAAUCCCGCUCCUGGCCUACAAGUGUUCAAACCUCCACUGCCUUACGCAGAAGUGGAUGAAGAUUACCAUUUGUGUCCUCUGCCGCGAAACAGAACAGCAGGAAAAUCAGGCAGACAGGGACGGAAAUAUCUAGAGAGACAGGACGUCAUUCCUGGUGUUAUGACGUGGAAACGGUUUCCAUGCCAACCUCUGGUCUCCAUGGCAGCAAAUCCAACGAUAUCAAACGUUUGGAUUCCUCGCUGGACUGAUCCAUUCAGUGAGGAUUUGCUGCCUACGGAAGUUCCUUCAUUGUUACAUGGUCUCCCUGAUGAAGAUGUUAUGAGCGAUGAUGAAAUGUAUUUAGAGAAACGCGAGAAGGAGUUGAACGAAUUUUUGAAGCAGCGACAGAACAGAGUUGGAUUAAGGAUCAAACAACGAAUACAAUCUAUCAACGAUGCCAUGUCUUCCUCUAAUCUGGAACUCAAAUAA